AAGGCUCACCUCACCCACAACAAUAUAUAAUUGGUAAUAGUUACAGCAGGACACCACCCAUACAUUCCAACCCCGCUACUCCCCCUCUCCCACACCCUUGAAGGACGCAUGUAAGAGUGAUCCGAGCGCUGGUGGGCAGGGCUGGGCAGGGCAGGACAGGACAGGACAGGACAGGCAAUGCCAAAAUGCCAUCGGCAGAUCAAAUCUUGUUCAUAAAUGUCACCACAACGGUGGCAGCGGCGGCUUUUACCGCGGCAGCCGCUGUCAGCACAGCGCCGGAAGCAGCAGCAGCAGCAGCAGCCGGCGGAUCGACGAAAUCGGUAACUGUUGCAGACGAAAUCAGCGGACGGGGCGCAUCAGCCACGGAAACAGCAGCCAAUAUAUCCGGCUCGCUGGUGGAGGGGCUGACCACAGUGGCAGCUGCGCUGACAACGACGGCGGGCACUAGUCCGGGCGAAUCGGAGGAAUGUGGCGGCGGUGCCGUUGAGGAGCUGCACGCCAGCAUUCUCGGCCUGCAGCUGGCCGUCCCAGAGUGGGAGGCUCUGCUGACCGCACUGGUUCUGUCGAUAAUUAUCGUGCUAACGAUUAUAGGAAAUAUCCUGGUUAUUCUCAGUGUGUUCACGUACAAGCCGCUGCGGAUUGUCCAAAACUUCUUCAUCGUUUCGCUGGCGGUGGCCGACCUGACGGUGGCCCUGCUGGUGCUGCCGUUCAACGUGGCCUACUCGAUCCUGGGACGCUGGGAGUUCGGCAUACACCUGUGCAAGCUCUGGCUGACUUGCGACGUGCUCUGCUGCACCUCCUCCAUCCUCAAUCUGUGCGCCAUUGCCCUGGACCGCUACUGGGCCAUAACCGAUCCCAUUAACUAUGCCCAGAAGCGGACAGUGGGCCGCGUCCUGCUCCUGAUCUCCGGCGUAUGGGUGCUUUCGCUGGUGAUCAGCAGUCCGCCGCUGAUCGGCUGGAACGAUUGGCCCGACGAGUUCACCAGCGCCACGCCCUGCGAGCUCACCUCGCAACGGGGCUACGUCAUCUACUCCUCGCUGGGCUCGUUCUUCAUACCGCUAGCCAUCAUGACGAUUGUCUACAUCGAGAUCUUUGUGGCCACGCGGCGACGGCUGCGGGAGCGGGCCAAGGCCACCAAGCUGAACACGAUUGCCCUCAAGUCCACGGAGCUGGAGCCCAUCACCAACUCCUCGCCGGCUGCAGCCUCCUCCUCGAAGUCUCGCGCUCUCACCAAUUGGCUCUGCUGCGGCCGGGACCGGGCCAACUUCUCCACGCCCAUGAUCCAGAACGACCAGGAGAGCAUCAGCAGCGAGACCCAUGGCCAGCAGGAGGGCUCGAAGACGGCCACCACCAACGAUCAGCAGCAACAUGUGGUGGUGCUGGUGAAGAAGUCGCGUCGGUCCAAGAUUAAGGACUCCAUCAAGCACGGCAAGGCCCGGGGUGGUCGCAAGUCCCAGUCCGCGUCCACCUGCGAGCCCCAUGGCGAGCAGCAGCUCCUGCCGGCUGGCGGCAGUGGCGGCGGCAAUGCUGCAGGAAAAUCUGAUGCAGAGAUUAGCACGGAGAGCGGCAGCGAUCCCAAAGGCUGCAUUCAGGUCUGUGUGACCCAGGCGGAGGAGCAGACCUCGCUCAAACUGACACCGCCCCAAUCAUCGACUGGCGCCGGUGCAGUGGCCGCCGCACCGCUGCAGAAGAAGCCCAGCGGCGUGAACCAGUUCAUCGAGGAGAAACAGAAGAUCUCACUGUCCAAGGAGCGGCGGGCAGCCCGUACCCUGGGCAUCAUCAUGGGCGUCUUCGUCAUCUGCUGGCUGCCCUUCUUCCUUAUGUAUGUCAUCCUGCCGUUCUGCCAGAGCUGCUGUCCCAGCGACAAGUUCAAGAACUUCAUCACCUGGCUGGGCUACAUCAACUCCGGCCUGAAUCCGGUCAUCUAUACCAUCUUUAACCUGGACUAUAGGCGGGCCUUCAAGCGGCUGCUGGGCAUGAAGUAAGGAGCGGACUGGACGGAACGGAACGGAACGGAACGGAGAGGUAGAGCAUUACUCAGAGUUUGUGCCAAACUUAAAGUAGAGAGAGUGAAAGAAAGAGAACUGGCUGGCAACAAAAGCAUUGGCAAGGAGAUACCCACAUCGAUUGAUCACAGAAAAUCUGAGCACAUAUUUGGUUUCCUUUCUUUGGCAUUCAGGGGCCACUGACUCUCUUUAUGUCUCUCUGAUCUUUCGAGGCGCGAGUAAAACUGUAUUUGGCGUAUAGAUUUAAACCCGUUAGAUACUCAUGCGAAGGGGCAACUGGCCACAAGCAAGUCCCACAUCAAAAUUAUGCAAUGAAAUCGAAGAAAAAAAAACAUACAUACAUACAUACGUGUACUCGUAUAAUACAUGCA